GGCUGCAUUUGUUGAUAUACAUUGCCGGAACACGUUUAUUUGGGUCUGAAUGAAUUGUAUGAUAUAUUCUGACCAGAAAGUAGGAUAAAAUGGACAAUCAACUACUCCAAAAACUCCGUACAACAAACGAUUCCUUCAUGUAUCUGCUUGAAGUUUUCAAAAUACCAAACAAAUGCUCAGAUAAUUUCAUAUCCAGUGAUUAUCUCAUUGAUGAUGGUACGCGAAAGGCCAUAUCCACCGAAAAUACCAACAAUUCAGAAAACUCGAACGAUCGGCUAGAGGUUAUGCAGAAUAAGAAAAAAACAAAACAUGUUUACAAAAAACGAGAAAAAUCUCACCAUGGCAAAAAGGAUAAAAGAAAGACCUUUGAAAACGGGAAUGCUACGCGCCUGAUUCUAAAAACAGAACUAAAUGAAAAGAAAAAAAUUGCGACGCAGGAUAAGAUUUCAGCUACAAAGCUAUUUAACGCAAAUGAAAAGAUUGUAUUCUCAAGAAUACAAUUCGAUGAGAAUGACGUGGUGCGAAAAAAUACCGAAACAGAUGUAACAAAACUUGUACGUAAAACUCUAGAUGAAAAAAAGGAGUUGGAAAAUCUUAAAUUAUCUGGAAAUAUUGAUGAAUAUAUCCAAAAGAAAAAUGAUAAGGCUUGGGAUCGCGCCACUUCGAAAACAAUGGGUCAAAAGGUACGCGACGACGUUGGAUUGUUGGCAAAGAAGAUUCAGAAAAGAAAGAAACAGGUUGCUAAAUCGAAACAACAGUGGCUGGAACGCAAACAGAAAGUUGAACAUAAAAAGGCGGCAAGACAAAAGAAACGAACGGAAAAUAUCAAGGAACGUGCUGAUAAGAAGAAAAACAAAAAAAUGCAAAAGUUGGCAAAACAUGGUAGAAUAAUACCUGGAUUCUAAAACGAUAAAGAGAAAAAAAAAUUGAGUAG